CCGCUAGCUUACUCUUUAUGUGGGUCCUGUAGGUCAGUGAAGCAACAUCUCUUUCCUUCUUCCCGCAACGACUGCUCGCGCCGUCUCCGGCUCUCCGCUCACCGUGACCGCGUCGCCCCGUACGCCUCCGCCCCGAGGCCCCUCGUCCGGCCACCUCCGCUCGCGUACGCCGUUGUACACUGGGAGGCCCUCGCCCGGCCAUCUCCGCUCGCGUACGCUGCCGCCCACGGGGCCACCCUGCCCCGGCCAUCUCCGCCCGCCCCGGCCUCGGAGGCGCCGCCCUGCGCUCUCUGGCGCUAAUGGCGCCGCCGCGUCCACCCACAGGACCGAUCCUCUUCCUGCCCCUCGUCUUCCUCUUCCUCUUUACCACCGCCGCGGCGUCUGCGGCGGCGCCUGAGGAUGAAAAGUUCACUGAGGAGCUGCUCCUGCGGCCGCUCCCGGACCGCAAGGCACUGGCACACUUCCACUUCCGCUCCUCUGCGCCCCCCGCUGCCUCCGUUGGUCGGCACCACCACCUCUUCCCCAAGGCCAUCUCCCAGCUGGUUAAGAAAUAUCAUAUUAGCGAGUUGGAGCUAUCUUUCACCCAGGGAAGAUGGAACUAUGAGCAGUGGGGUGGAUUUGAUCCUAUGUCAACUAAUAAUGCAAAGCCUCCUGGUGUUGAGCUGUGGGCAGUUUUUGAUCUUCCUUUGUCUGAGAUCGAUGCAACAUGGAAGAACCUGACACAUACACUCUCUGGCCUGUUUUGUGCAUCCAUCAACUUUUUGGAGUCCUCCACUGCAUUUUCUGCUCCUCGCUGGGGCUUCAAACUGAACGAAGGCAAUUUGCGAUAUGGUGCAUUGCCUCGUGAAGCAGUAUGCACUGAGAAUCUGACACCUUGGUUGAAACUUCUUCCAUGUCGUGACAAAGCUGGGAUAGCUUCUUUGCUGUACAGGCCUUCAAUUUACAAAGGAUAUUACCAUUCACAAAAACUGAAACUGAGAUCCUCCCAGUCACUUGGUAUUAUUCUUGAUCAAACUCUGACUGUUGUGCUGCAACCAAAUAAUGUACAUGGCGAACAGCUACAUUCCAAUCAUGGUCAACUUCAGCCCAACUGGUCCAUGAGACAUCUUUUCAACAGAAAGUUGUCAGGGAAAUGCCUUGUUUCUAAAUCCAGCAGAGUAUUCAUUGAGGUUGAUAAAGGCAUUGCUGACGAAGUUAACAUAUCUGGAAGUGUUCAUUCUUGGAGUAAUGAAUUCUUUGUAUUGUCCAAUAGCCCGGACAAGUUGAUCAAAGGUCAAAAUCACUUAGAAAUGCAAUCUUCUUUUUUAUAUGUUUAUGAUGCUAGUAACUACAGUGAGGAACAACCUUUGGAUUUGGGCAUAACUUGGAAGCUUCCCCUGAUAUGGACUUGCACCCCAUCACCUUUUCAUGCAAGCAGAUUUCUUAUGGGCAGUGGCAAUGAAAGAGGGUCAAUUGCUCUGUCGUUUAUGUCCACUAAUCUUCAUAAGAAGAUAUCUGGCAGCGCAAAUGAUUGUUCAAUAAAGGCAGUUAUUUUCCAGGUUGUUCCAUGGUAUGUUAAGGUCUAUUAUCACAGCCUAGAAAUAUUUAUAGAUGGGAGCAGGAAGACUGUGUCAGAAGUAGUUGACAAGAUUCAUGUCAUUCCUUCAGAAGACAAGCUUUUGCCUGGUACCUUGGAGAUGCUACUAAGAUUCCCUUGCAGUAUGCAGUCGGGAACUCUGACAUUGGAUUUUGACAAGGGGUUCCUGCAUAUAGAUGAAUAUCCUCCUGAUGCUAAUCAAGGAUUUGACAUUCCUUCAGCUUUGGUUAGCUUUCCUGAGUUCAGUUCUGCUCGAAGUUACCCUGAAAUUGAUCCAGUACUUGGAUCACCUUUACUAGAAAAUUUCCAGGAAGAUAGUGUUGUGAAGUCGUAUACAGAAGUAUUGCUCGUUCCCCUGACAACUCCGGAUUUCAGCAUGCCAUACAAUGUCAUCACCUUCACAUGCACUGUCUUAGCUCUUUACUUUGGUUCAUUAUUGAAUGCUUUGAGACGAAGGAUUGGCGAGGAAGAGAGGGAGUUGAAGAAAAGAGCCACAAGGCAUGGGCUCAUUUCUCGGUUGCUAGCCAAGUUAAGGGGGCAGAAGGUGGAUCCAUCGGAGUCAGGGUCUUCAUUUGAAUCGACUGGGUCAAAGAAGCUGCUAUUCAAGGUUGUAUUUGUUGCAGUAGCUGCGGUUCUAUUUCACUAUUUCUCAAACAACAGUUAAUACUUAACAUCGGUGUCUAAAAUUUUGGGUGACUUUUGUGGAGCCACGGCAGUAGAAUGUACCAUGUUGUGUAGCAUAUGUAUUGCCUGUAAGUUCGCUUGCUUCCAGGCGCUAUUUUGCCAUCCUAGAUUCUUGAAAGCCGAGGGCCAUGCAAUUUGGACCCUUCUGUUGUCGUUUUUUUUUGGUAUGGUUCGUUUCGUUUUCUGGCCGGAUGUAAUGUAAUCCCCUGACGGCUGUUCCCUGGGCGAACAGUGUCAGUGUGAUCCGUUUGGCAAUGUUUUUAUUCAUGAACGCCACGCACUGAAUUCUGUAAUUUCGUUACUACUGUAAUGAAUUUUUGGUUUUUACCGGUUUUGAAAAAAAAAGAAAGCAGAGGUUGAUGUC